AUGAGCAGGAGAACAAGGACAAGGGAAAAGGGGCAGUUGCGAGCAGAAUGGGCAACCUUUGCCCGAAUGGUGAUGUGUGGGGGCGGUGGGAGUGGUGCUGCUGCCUCGGAAGGCAGAAGCCCUCCCCGCCCUUGUGGGCCGACAGAUCAGCCCCAGCAAGGACCAUGUGAGCAGCAGGAAGAGGAGGAGGUCGGUGGGGAGAGGGGCGACGACUGUGACGAGUCGCGUGGGGUGCUGGGCGGCGGGGUGCGUGAGGGUGGGUUGUCGCUGGUGCAGCCAAGAGGCCACCUGUACCUGUCGUCGCCUGGGGACCAGGUGAGAGGGGACUGGACGAAUCAUGACAGACAGACAGACAGUCAGAGAGCUGUGGUCGAUCGCUGCACCGCAUCGAUGGAUGUGUGUCCUUUUUUCUGUCUGUCUGUCUGUCUGGUUCGUUGGUUCGUUGGUCAGUUUGUGUGUCCACCACACGCCCGCAAGAACCCCCCGGGCGAGAGCCAAGGUGCCACUGCUGGUGCUGGUGGCGGUGGGGCUCGUGUUGAUGUUGAUGGUGAGAGCGUCGGAAGCGACAAGCCCAAGAGCCCCCCAACUGACACCGACGAUAAGGUGCGUGCGGACGGGAAACACAACGACGCACAUAAGAGCACAGCCCAUACACUCACUACACAUACAGAUGCGCACAUCACAUCCAUCAUGUAUGUGCACACAUUAAUUAAUGUGGUCGUAUGUGUGUCUGUUCGUUGUGUGCUGUGCUGUGUCACUCAGCGAAGCGUAGCGAGUUGGUGGUGCCCCAUGCGACUGGCAAAGGACAAUCGGCAGCCGAGGGCGGCCACACCGACACUGCCGCAAGUGCUGCCGCUUCGGCUUCGUCAGCUGCACCGCCGCCCCCGCCUCCUGGUGCUCCUGUCGACAACAAAGCCCUAAUCCACAAGGUCAGUGAGUGAAUGAGUGAAUGGGGGGAUGGAACGAACAAGAAAGAAAGAGAUCACACACACCACACGGACCGAACCAACAAGCUGUCUGUCUCUCACCGUGUGUGCGUUUGUGCAAUGUGUGUAUGUGUGUAUGUGUGUAUGCAGAUUCAGGUUCACGGUAGCAAGUCGUCCACUUCUGUCGAUCCGGAGGCCCCCGCCCACGCCGGCUCCCCCCGAGAUGGCCAGCCGUCCGACGACACCCCAGCGGCGCCCUCACCCAUCCCUCCACUCCACGGCGACAUGACCUCCCUCGGGAGCACAACAAGGACGACCACCAUGACCGUCUCAGUCUGCUUGGGUUCAUCGACGACUGGGCUGCCGAGAAGGGCAUGGACACCAUCAGACAGAAGCUCACCGCCGAGGAGACCGCCGAUACCGACUGGCGAGACACCAUCAGCACCCCCCGUCUGCGAGCCAUAAUUGAGCAGCUACUCGAGGGCGAGAGCACCGGUAUGCAAUGCACACAUACACACACCGCCCACCGCACCGCCAUCUCCCUCCAAAUGUGGACCUUUCUUGUCCCUCAUUUCUCACCCAUCACCAACAGCAGGGCCGGCUGCAGGGCACAAGGUAGCCACGAGAAGCACCCGGGCGGAUGGCACAGGUACAUAAUCCAAUCCACGAGGGGGCAGCAGGCAGGCAAGCCAGGACUAUGUCGGUACGUAUUCUGUGUGUGGAGUGAGUGGACAUCUGUUCGUUCUCCUGGCUGCGGACAUCCAUCAGGUGCCAGCAGCCCUUGCAAGAACAAGCCGACUGGCACAUGGACAAGUAGCAGCCAGUACAUGUACGGUCCGACUCUCAGUGAAGGUAAGGCGACACGCGAGCAGGGCCGGGGGAUCCGGCUGACCACGCAUGGCUGUCUGUGUUUGGUCUCAUCAGGCGCCCAGCAGCAGAAACAGCCAGCACACGUAGCACACCACACGCACACACAGGCAGACCCCCACACGCCCCACCAUCAAUCUCAUGGCCUUUCUCUGCGUGUUGUCCUUCAGCACGGUGGUUGGGCCGUCAACCAGGGCGGCGGCGGGGGAGGUGUGAGGGCGCAUCCCCACGGCCAUGGGCGUGGCGGUCCCGAGUGGAGGAAGCUGUCCGACCAUGGCAUCGGCGUCGCCCCGACGGUGGUGCAGGGGUCCAUCGAGCCGUCCCAGUGGCUCUACUGCUCGGCCGCGCCGCCCACAUCGACACAUCUAGCGAGGAGGACUGCGACAAGCUUCUUGAAGCGCCUGAACGCCGCUGUCAAGUGCCACAUCCCGAGCGGCAAAGUGCUGGAUAUCGAGCGGCCCGCAGCCAUCCACAAGAGCCCCACGCCGCCACGCUUCAUCUUCAUCAAGAUGGACUCGACCGCCACCGCCGAGGCCUUCCUGCGCCUGGAGGCCACUGCCAGCACCAAGGGCCCAGCCCCGCUCCACAAGCGGGGGGCUGACAGCAAGCCGGCCGGCAAGUCGUCGGCCUAUGCCGCCGUACUCUCGCCGUACGGACGGCUGGAGUGGCGAGACCUGAAGCGGAUGAAGGGGCGCAGCGGGCCGUCGGGGAGGGGCGAGGGGAGCUCCUCAGCGAGCCCUUCCUCAGCAGGCCACCGUGGCGGGCGGUGA